ACGCCGCAGCAGACUGCGCGCAGUAAGCAAACGAAAGCAGCAAGCAAAAGGAGACGAAAAAAAAGCGUCUGCUUCGACGCAGCUGAUCCCUCUCUCCCCUUCCCUCCCCUCCGCGAAAGCGAAAACAUCGUCCAACUCAAGGGUGGGCGCGGCCUCGGGUACCUUCGCCCAUUCCUCUCCUUCAUCCGCCUCGUCGCGCAGCAGCCGGACGCCGAGCCCAAUCGCGCCGCCACCCUGGAGGAAAGCCGUCCGGCGUGAUCGUCGCCGCCGUCUGCCGCCUCCCCUCUCCCGGACUGACGUGGAGCCGAGAUCCGUCCGGACUUUGGCUGUUCUAUUGUGAUGGCUGCGCAAGCCACCAUUGCGGUGGGAUCCCAAGUUUGGGUCGAGGACCCUGACGUGGCCUGGAUUGAUGGGGAGGUCAUAAAAGUAAACGGAGACACAAUUACGGUCAAAUGUUCCAAUGAAAAGACGGUUACGAAAAAAGCAUCUAAUAUCCAUGCUAAGGAUCCCGAGGAAGCACCAUGUGGAGUUGAUGACAUGACAAAGCUUGCCUAUCUGCAUGAGCCUGGGGUUCUUCGGAAUUUGAAAUCUAGAUAUGACAUGAAUGAAAUUUAUACCUAUACCGGAAAUAUCUUGAUUGCUGUAAAUCCUUUCCGAAGACUGCCCCAUUUGUAUGACACUCAGAUGAUGCAGCAAUAUAAAGGGGCGGAUUUUGGUGAAUUAAGCCCUCAUCCUUUUGCUGUUGCAGAUGUUGCAUAUAGACUGAUGCUGAAUGAAGGAAUAAGUCAGUCAAUUCUUGUUAGUGGAGAAAGUGGUGCUGGUAAAACAGAAAGCACCAAAAUGAUUAUGCGUUAUCUUGCUUACAUGGGUGGAAAGGCUGCAUCCGAAGGGCGAACCGUGGAGAAGCAAGUACUUCAGUCCAAUCCUGUUCUUGAAGCAUUUGGGAAUGCAAAGACUGUCAGAAAUAAUAAUUCAAGUCGCUUUGGUAAGUUUGUUGAGAUCCAGUUUGAUCAGAAAGGGAGAAUAUCAGGGGCUGCCGUAAGGACUUAUCUCCUUGAGAGAUCCCGUGUCUGUCAAAUAUCUGAUCCAGAGAGAAAUUACCAUUGUUUCUACAUGAUUUGUGCUGCCCCUCCUGAGGAGCGCGAGAGAUACAAACUCGGAGAUCCCAGAACAUUUCACUAUCUGAAUCAGUCCAACUGUUUUAAGCUUGAAGGCCUAGAUGAAUCUAAAGAGUAUCUUGAAACUAGGAAGGCUAUGGAUAUUAUCGGAAUUAGUUCUGAAGAGCAGGAAGCAAUCUUUCGUGCUGUUGCUGCUAUUCUCCACUUGGGGAACAUCGAGUUUGCAGAAGGGGAUGAUGGAGAGUCAUCAAAACCUAAAGAUGAAAAAUCUCUGUUUCAUUUGAGAACAGCUGCUGAGCUCUUCAUGUGUGACGAGAAAGCUUUAGAAGAUUCAUUGUGUAAACGCAUUAUUGUGACUCGCGAUGAAAACAUAGUAAAAACUUUGGAUCCUGAGGCUGCCAAGGGAAGUAGAGAUGCACUUGCUAAGACUGUGUACUCACAGUUGUUUGAUUGGCUUGUAAAUAAGAUCAACAACUCUAUUGGUCAAGAUCCAAAUUCAAAAUGCUUAAUUGGAGUGCUGGAUAUCUACGGGUUUGAAAGCUUCAAGACAAACAGCUUUGAGCAGUUUUGUAUCAACCUGACAAAUGAAAAGCUGCAACAGCACUUCAACCAGCAUGUCUUUAAGAUGGAGCAGGAAGAGUACACCAAAGAAGAGAUUAAUUGGAGUUAUAUUGAGUUCAUUGACAACCAGGAUGUUCUUGAUCUCAUCGAGAAGAAACCUGGUGGAAUUGUUGCCCUUCUGGAUGAAGCUUGUAUGUUGCCAAGAUCGACACAUGAGACAUUUGCUCAGAAAUUGUACCAAACUUUCAAAAAUCACAAGCGCUUUGCUAAGCCAAAAUUAUCUCGGUCAGACUUUACAAUAUGUCAUUAUGCGGGAGAUGUCACCUAUCAAACAGAAUUAUUUCUGGACAAGAAUAAAGAUUAUGUUGUUGCUGAACAUCAGGCUCUCUUGAGUGCUUCGAAAUGUGCAUUUGUUUCGGGCCUUUUUCCUCUUCUAUCUGAGGACUCGUCAAAAUCUUCAAAGUUUUCAUCCAUUGGUUCCAGGUUUAAGCAACAAUUACAAUCUUUAUUGGAAACUCUGAGUGCAACUGAGCCACACUACAUACGUUGUGUAAAACCCAAUAAUUUAUUGAAGCCAGCAAUUUUUGAGAACCAGAACGUUCUUCAGCAACUCAGAUGUGGAGGAGUUAUGGAAGCAAUUAGGAUAAGCUGUGCAGGAUAUCCAACCAGAAGAACAUUCUACGAGUUCAUAGACCGUUUUGGUAUUCUUGCGCCUGAUGUUUUGAGUCGAAGUUCUGAUGAGGUCAGUGCUGUAAGGAAGUUGUUAGAGAAGGUAGAUCUGCAAGGUUAUCAGAUUGGCAAGACAAAAGUAUUCCUUCGUGCUGGUCAGAUGGCUGAACUUGAUGCUCGUAGAAAUGAAGUGCUAGGGCGUUCAGCUAGCAUGAUUCAAAGGAAAGUCCGCUCAUUUUUGGCACAGAAGAGUUUCAUUGCACUGCGACGAUCAGCUUUACAAAUCCAGACAGUUUGUCGCGGGGAGCUUGCAAGAAGAAUUUACCACAAUCUCCGCAGAGAAGCUGCUUCACUCAAGAUCCAGACUUGCUACCGUCUGUAUACUGCCAGAAAAGCUUACAACGAGCUUUCUACUUCAGCAGUUACCAUUCAAUCAGCUUUGCGCGGUAUGUCUGCACGUAAAGAGCUGCACUUCAGAAGACAAACAAAAGCUGGAAUAAUUAUCCAGAGUCGCUGCCGUCAAUUUUUGGCGAGGUUGGAUUACUCAAGAACAAAGAAAGCUGCAAUUACUACACAGUGUGCCUGGAGAGGAAAGGUUGCUAGAAAUGAGCUUCGAAAGCUCAAAAUGGCUGCACGGGAAACUGGUGCCUUGCAAGCAGCCAAAAAUAAACUUGAAAAGCAAGUUGAGGAGCUUACGUGGCGGCUACAGUUGGAGAAACGCAUGAGAGCUGAUCUCGAGGAAGCUAGGUCACAAGAGAACGCAAAGUUGCAAGCUGCGUUGCAGGAGGUGCAACAUCAGUACAAAGAAACAAAAGAAAUGCUAGUACAGGAGAGGGAAUCAGCCAAGAAGGCUGCAGAGAUAGCUCCAGUUAUUAAAGAGGUCCCUAUUAUAGAUACCGAGCUAAUGAAUAAACUUAGAGAUGAAAAUGACAAACUGAAGACUUUGGUCAGUUCUCUUGAAAAGAAGAUUGAUGAUACUGAGAAGAAAUAUCAAGAAACAAGCAAAAUCAGUGAGGACAGGCUCAAACAGGCAAUGGACGCUGAGUCGAAAGUUGUUGAUUUGAACAUGGCAAUGCUAAGGCUUCAAGAAAAAAUAUCCACCAUGGAAUCUGAGGUGAAAGUGCAAAGACAAGCACUGUUGAGCACGCCGUUCAAGAGCAUGUCUGAACAUUUGUCAAUUCCAAUCGCUCCGAAGAAUUUGGAGAAUGGCUAUCAUGAGGUUGAAGAACAAAAGGAACCCCAAAGUGCACCCCCUGCUAUUAAGGAAUACGUGAAUGGUGAUCCAAAGUUGAGGAAGUCUUGUGUUGACAGGCAACUUGAAAAUGUGGAUGCACUUAUUGACUGUGUCGGGAAAAACCUUGGAUAUUGUGCCGGGAAGCCAGUUGCUGCUUUUACCAUAUACAAAUGUCUUCUUCACUGGAAAUCUUUCGAGGCGGAGAAGACCAGUGUUUUUGACCGUCUCAUUCAGUUAAUAGGAUCUGCAAUAGAGAACGAGGAAGACAAUGACAACCUUGCUUACUGGCUCUCAAAUACAUCUAGCUUGCUGUUCCUGCUGCAGAAAAGUCUCAAGGCUGCUGGUGCCCCUGGCAGUGUUUCACGAAAGAAACCUCCUCAGCCAACAUCGUUAUUUGGCAGAAUGGCUCAAGGCUUGCGUUCCGCAUCUUUUGCCAACAUGCAUGUCGAAUCAACUGAUGUUGUCCGCCAAGUUGAGGCCAAAUACCCUGCUUUGCUUUUCAAGCAGCAGCUAACUGCUUAUGUGGAAAAGAUAUAUGGAAUCGUCCGAGACAACAUUAAAAAGAAAUUAUCAUCUUUGAUUUCGCUAUGUAUCCAGGCUCCAAGAACAAUGAAAACUAGCAUGCUGCGAGUUUCUGGACGAUUAUCUGGUCAAUCUCAGAGCAACCACUGGCAGAAAAUUAUUGAGAGCUUGGAUAACCUUUUAACAACUCUGCAAGAUAACCACGUACCCCCCGUUUUAGCUCAGAAAAUCUUUACCCAGAUAUUCUCGUACAUUAAUGUACAGCUAUUCAACAGUCUACUGCUUCGUCGUGAGUGUUGCUCCUUCAGCAAUGGAGAGUAUGUCAAAGCUGGUCUAGCUGAGUUGGAGUUGUGGUGUGCAAAGGCAACAACUGAGUAUGCAUCAUCGUCAUGGGACGAGCUCAAGCACAUCAGACAGGCCGUUGGCUUUUUGGUUAUAUUCCAAAAAUUCAGAAUAUCUUAUGAUGAGAUAGUCAAUGACCUAUGUCCGAUCUUGAGUGUUCAACAACUGUACAGAAUUUGUACGCAAUACUGGGAUGACAAGUAUAAUACCCAAAGUGUCUCAUCAGAUGUUCUUAGUAACAUGCGGGUGCUAAUGACAGAGGAUUCUAACAAUGCUGAAAGCAGUUCAUUUUUGUUGGAUGAUAAUUCGAGCAUCCCGUUCUCGGUGGAUGAUAUCACCAACUCAAUACAGGAGAAGGACUUCUCAGAUGUCAAACCAGCUGAGGAGCUACUCGAGAAUCCUGCCUUCCAGUUUUUACAGGAUUAGGACUGUGAAAUCUCGAGCUUCACUGCUAGAUAUCUUGUCAGAUUAUUUCUUGAUUUGUUGUAAAUUUUUUCAAUCCUUUCUACCCCCAUAUGUGCCUUUUUUUUAGUCCUCUUCUCUUUCCAGCUAGUUUCUGUAAAAUCAAUAUAGGUAUUCGUUAGGGUUGGGAUGGGAUUCCCCCCCUUACAAUUAGAAAAGGCCGUAUCUUUUUAAUGCGGGGCAAAUCAAUUCUUUGUAGGACAACUUCAAAUCAGUCUUUUUACCCAAGGGUGGUAACGAGAGGGAGAGGAAAUGUCUUAGUAGCUUCUCCCCAGUUGUAGAUUGUGUAAAUUAUAUACUGUAAAUCAACAGUGCAAGGAAAAAAGAAAUCCAUAUAGCAAAUGCCGUUAUGUUGGUGACAUCUUCCAA